GACAUUUGUCGCUCCAGUUGCAUCGUCAAUCGUGCCCGUGGAGGCCAACUGUGAUAAUAAGCACGUUGCUUUGAAGCCUAUUCGCAUUGUUGUAACUGUAAAUUAACAUCCGCAAUGUCUUCAACGGCUUGCGAGGCAACAGAGGGCGUGGCGUCGAUCCAUGUGCGGGCGAUGCGGCGCGAGGACGCGGCCGUCGUGCACGAAAUGAUACACGAGCUCGCCGCCUUCGAGGGCGUGCCCGACGGGCCGCGGCUCAGCGUGCAGGAUUUACUGGAAGACGGUUUCGAGAGCUCACCGCCGUGGUUCUUCGGCCUCAUAGCGGAGAGGGCGGGCCGGGUGGUGGGGCACGCCAUGUGCAACCGCGCCUACUCCAGCUGGACGCGGCGCGCCUUCUACCUGGAGGACCUGUACGUGCGGCCCGAGGCGCGCCGGGCGGGCGUCGCGCUGCGCCUGCUGGAGGAGCUGUGUAAGAUGGCGGUGGCGGAGGGCGUGCACCGCGUGGACUGGCACGUGCUGGAGAGCAACGCGGGCGCGCUGGCCUUCUACGGGCGGCUGGGCGCGCGCGACCUGGGCGUGUCGGAGCGCCGCGCCGCGCUGCGCCUCGACCGCGACCGCAUCGAGGCCGUCGCCGCUGGACGGCUGCUCUAGCGCUGCGGGACGCCCUCACGCGCUCAGUUAUAUCUAAAUACUCACGACUGUCUCUUAAUCAAUGACACCACCAAGUAAUGAAAUUUAAGAGCACUAUUUUAAUAAAUAAAAGUUCUUUUGUUUUUUA